UUCCUUCCCUCUCAAGCUCAAACCCUUUCCCUCCCUCUUAUUACAAAACACCACCCUCAAAGCCACAAUGCCACUCCCUUCCCUUUCUCUCCUCUUCCUCUUCACUUCUCUCCUAAUCCCCUCUCCCAUUUCCUCUUCCCCUGUUCAAGACCCUGAACUUGUUGUCGAAGAUGUGCAUAGGGCCAUCAAUGCGUCUAGGAGGAACCUUGGAUAUCUAUCCUGCGGCACCGGCAACCCCAUUGAUGACUGCUGGCGAUGUGACCCUAACUGGGAGAAGAACCGCCAGAGGCUAGCAGACUGUGCAAUUGGGUUCGGCAAGAAUGCCAUUGGUGGAAGAGAUGGUAAGAUUUAUGUUGUCACUGACUCGAGUGACAAUGAUGCCGUGAACCCCAAACCGGGAACUUUACGACAUGCCGUGAUUCAAGAUGAACCGUUGUGGAUCAUUUUUGCCCGGGACAUGACCAUCCGGUUGAAGGAGGAACUAAUCAUGAACUCGUUCAAGACCAUCGAUGGGCGUGGUGCCAGUGUUCACAUUGCAGGGGGUCCUUGUAUAACCAUUCAGUAUGUGACCAACAUUAUCAUUCAUGGACUCAACAUCCAUGACUGCAAGCAAGGAGGGAAUGCUAUGGUGAGGGACUCCCCACGGCAUUACGGUUGGCGAACCAUAUCGGAUGGGGAUGGUGUGUCUAUCUUCGGUGGUAGCCAUGUUUGGGUGGAUCAUAACUCCUUGUCCAACUGCAAUGAUGGUCUGGUUGAUGCCAUUCAUGGGUCCACCGCAAUCACCAUCUCAAACAACUACAUGACUCACCAUGAUAAAGUCAUGCUUUUGGGGCACAGUGAUUCCUAUACUCAAGACAAGAACAUGCAAGUCACUAUAGCCUUUAAUCACUUUGGUGAAGGGCUUGUUCAAAGAAUGCCAAGAUGUAGACAUGGGUAUUUCCAUGUGGUUAACAAUGACUACACCCAUUGGGAAAUGUAUGCCAUUGGAGGAAGUGCAAACCCAACUAUUAAUAGCCAAGGCAACAGAUUUACAGCACCAAACGAUAGAUUCAGCAAAGAGGUGACCAAGCAUGAAGAUGCACCAGAGAGUGACUGGAAGAGCUGGAAUUGGAGAUCGGAAGGCGACCUGAUGGUGAACGGUGCAUUUUUCACGGCGUCGGGUGCCGGUGCCUCGUCGAGCUAUUCCAAGGCUUCGAGCUUGGGUGCUAGGCCAUCUUCACUGGUGGCCACCAUAACCACUAAUGCUGGUUCACUUAAUUGCAAGAAAGGUUCUCGUUGCUGAUUGAGACAUAUAUGAUCCAAAACGUACGACACUUCGUUAAUUACCAAGUGGUCGAAAAUGGUGUUUGACUGCAAAUUAAAUUCAGUUUUUAGAAGGAAAAAGAAAAUGAAGAAGGUGAAGGUGAAGAAAAGUCUACCAAUAGGAUUAAUUUAAUCGGCUUUUCCCCCUCCCUCCCCUCUUUUUUUUUUUUUUUUUUCCUUUGUUUGUUCAUUCAACAGUGAAUCUGUGAUGAUUAUUACAACCUCGGCCUGUUUCUCUUAGAACAUCUAGGGAUUCUGUUAUAGAGUCUUGAUGAACUUUGAGAAAGCAAGUGUAGAUGUGUUGAUAUAUGUAUACUAAAAUUCCAAGUUUACGUUUA